GAAAAGCAGGAAAGGGAGGGCGGAGGCCGCAGCGAACAUGGCCGAGGAUGAAGAAGAGAACUCGCAAGCCCGGCAACGUCUGCAGGAAUUGGUUGACCACCUGUAUCAUUUCCGAGAUCAUUAUUUUGAGAAUCACAGUGUGGAAGAUGCUGGGAAAAAACAACAGGAUGUUCAGGAAGAGAUGGAGAAGACUCUUCAAAAAAUGGAAGCCAUAGAUGGCCUCUCAGAAGGGCAAGCUUACACAUUGAUGCUUAAAGGAAAAGCUUUGAAUGUAUCAGCAUACUAUAACGCCCAGUCUGAAAAAUUGCUCUCCAAAGCGGUCAAGCUGGAUCCGGAAUUGGUGGAAGCGUGGAAUCAAUUAGGCGAGGUUUACUGGAAAAAGGGUGAUGUCUCGGCAGCUCAUACCUGCUUCUCUGGAGCGCUUGGCCAUUGUAAGAACAAAGUCUCCUUGCAGAACCUCUCCAUGGUGUUACGGCAGCUGCACACCACUUCUCCCGAUGAACAUGCACAAAAUGUGAUGGACAGCGUGCGGCAAGCCAAACUGGCGGUGCAGAUGGAUGUGCGCGAUGGACGCUCUUGGUAUGUGUUGGGCAACGCCUACCUCUCCUUGUUCUUCAGUACAGGACAGAACCCCAAGAUCUCCCAGCAAGCACUGAGUGCCUAUGCUCAAGCAGAAAAGGUGGACUCCACUGCUUCUUGUAAUCCAGAUUUGCAUCUCAAUCGAGCCACGCUUUUUAAGUAUGAAGAAAACUACAUGGAAGCCCUGGAGGGUUUUUCACGGGCCGCAGCUCUUGACCCAGCUUGGCUGGAACCUCAACUACGGGAGCAGCAACUCAUGGAUUUUCUUGAGAGACUUAAUGGAUUCCUGGAAAACAAGGGCAAGGUGAAAGGCAAGAAGCUGCAAAACAUGUUGGGAAGUCUGCGAAGCUCCCACCUGGGCCCGUGUGGUGACGGACAUUAUCAAGGGCCUUCAGGUCAGAAGAUAGAACUACAGAGACGAUCCCUCAGUGCCUUGCAGCCUGGUGUUAACACGGGUACUGUGAUCUUGGGGAAGGUGUUGUUCAGCCUGACUACUGAGGAAAAAGUGCCUUUCACCUUUGGAUUGGUGGACUCUAUCGAAGGCCCUUGUUUUGCUGUCACUGUUUACAACAUGGUCCAAAGCUGGGGUGUCCUAAUUGGGGACUCGGUGGCCAUCCCUGAACCUCAUCUUCGACACCAUCACAUCCAACACCAGAACAAAAGUUUUACUUUUUCUAGCCUCCGCGUAGAUACUCCUCUACUUCUUGUGGUGAACGGCAGAGUGCAAAGAUCCCAAAACCAGGCCGCUGCGACCAUUGCCUACCACGCACAAAGUGAAUGAGAAGAGAGAAAGGGCAGGGAUGCCCAGAUUUUUAGGCUACGUCAGCUCUUUCUCCUCGUACCGUUUUCAGUAAUUUAGAGAGGUCGGACUGAUUUGUAGAAACACGCUGCUAAAAAUAAUAAAGGGAACACUUAAAGAACACAAUGUAACUCCAAGUCAAUCACAUUUCUGUGAAAUAAAACCAUCCACUUAGGUAGCGACACUGAUUGACAAUCAAUUUCACAUACUGUUGUGCAAAUGGAAUAGACAACAGGUGGAAAGAAUAGGCAGUUAGUAAGACAUCCCCAGUAAAGGAGUGGUUCUGCAGGUGGUGACAACAGACCACUUCUCAGUUCCUAUGCUUUCUGGCUGAUGGUUUAGUCACUUUUGAAUGCUGGUGGUGCUUUCACUCUAGUGGUAGCAUGAGACGGAGUCUACA